UCCCGGCGUGCAUCGCGGUUCGUUUACCUCGGCCAUUUUGCAUGAAUUCGCGGGAAGAGUAGUAAAAUUGGUCAGAUUUAUAAUCCAAAGGCAUCCUCCGAUUGGAGAGGCCGAUCUGACCAUGGAGAGUUCGUACGGCAUCGGCGUCAAGAACAGGUAUGAACUCUUCUACGAUGACGAGGAAGACCCGACAGAACUGCUGCGGCAACAAGAAGAAGAAAAGGAGCGGCGGAAGGCAGAGAAAACCACGGCAAAGGACAAGAGCAAAGGCCCCGUGCCCGUGAAGGGCGUCAAGGCGCCCGUCAACGCGGCCGGCAAGAAACAAAUCAAGGAGGCACCGGUUAACAAGAGCCAGGAGAGGACCAUCGCACCUAGGGACGACAACAAACUGCAGAGGACGACAAGGCCGGCUGACCGAGCGGUGAAAUUUGCCCCACCCAGUGGUGGCGGUCGAGAGAAUCAGCAGGACUUUGAGGAACGCAAGAACAGGCGAAACCGAGAGGAGCGCAUCUCAACUGGUGGCACAGAGGCGAGAUUCGAUUUUGGAAGCAGGGACCGUGGAGAUGGGGAAGUCAGGAGAGGCGGUCGUGGAGGUGGCCUUGGCGGUCGUGGCGGGUAUCCUCGCCGUGGCCGUGGAGGCUUUGCACCCGAGGGAGGCCGGGGCGGUGGCUUUGGUGGUCGGGGAGGAGGCUAUGACGGACGCGGCAAGCGGGAAUUCGAGCGCCAGAGUGGCAGUGACCGCAGUGGAGUGAAGCCUGUCGACAAGAAGGGUGGCGAAGGGUCCUACAACUGGGGAACGGUCAACGACGACUUGGAAGUCCAGCUGAGUCCCUUUGGCGACGAGAACACGACUGAGGCGGCAGAGAAAAGUGGCGACGAGACGGCAGCUGGCGAGAAUACUGCGGACACGAGCAAGGACAGUGGUGUGGCGGGCGAGGAGGGUGCAGCGAGUGAGAAUGCCGCCGAGGACACCAAGGAGAUGACCCUGGACGAGUACAAACGGGAGCAGGAGCAGAAGCGGUCGCGUGCUAGCUUCAACAUCCGCAAGCCGGGCGAGGGUGGUGAGGAGAAGGCCGAGUGGAAGAAGAUGUACGUCCUCAAGAAGAAGAUCACGGACGAGGACGGGGAGGAGGAGGAAGAGGAGGAGAGUGAGGACGAAGACGAGUACAUGCGUCGCGGUCGACAGCGCCAGGUAGUGGACAUCGAGAUCAACUUUGCGGAUCAACGGCGGGGCCGCGGCGGCCGUGGAGGUCGGGGCAUGGGCCGUGGAGGCCCCGGCCGAGGCAGCUUCGGCGGGCCCCGUGGACCACCCCGCGAGGGUGGCGAGCGGCCACCGCGAGGCGGAUACCGCGGCGGUGGCGCCGGUGCCGGUGCUGGUGGCGAGCCACCCAAGCAGUCUGCACCCAAGGUGGACGACUGGAACGACUUCCCUUCGCUCGUGGCCGCCUGAGCUGGCAUCUUGUCGUGCCACUGCCUCCAAGAGGAGGGAGCGGUGGCCGGGAGGUUGUUUUGCGUGUGGCUACACUAUUGACUUCCCCCUCCUUUGCCUUGUUUUUCACGUGUGUGCUGUGAGACGGAUCCCCCUGCUAUCCCAACUUAGGAGGAAGAAGAAGAAGAUGGCAACAGUUGUCAUGCCCGCUCGUCUCCCUGGAGGACUAUGGACAUGUGUGCGUGGCAGCAGGAACGUCCGAGGUGCCGCUUCUCCCUCAUUCAUGCCUCUCUGCCUUGCUGCUUUUCAAAAAGUCACGAUUUGUUUUGUUUUCAUUUUGUAGUUGUCAAGUGGCUCGUUCACACGGGAAGCCUCUUGGCAAAACUCAAGGCCCAUGGCUGUAGUUGAACAGUCCUUUGGUUGUUGUCCCCUCCUUGACAGGGCUUUCUUUGUGCUGAUGGGGAGAGUGGUUGCCUGUGGCCUACACAAGUGUAGUACAAAUUCUUUUUUCCCAAAAGGCAAAUCCACUCUGCACUUAGUGUGCACAACAGGAUAUCUUCCUUUGCCAACUCGAGAUGUGUUGGCUUCAAAAUUUUGCUUGAUUGCCUAAAAAUUGGAAUGUCGGAUGAUGCAUUUUUUUUUUUGUUUGCUUGUAGAUCUUGGGCACAGUGUGCAGUUAAAUUAAUCUGUAAGGCUUUGUUGAAACAAAAUUGUGCUUGCUAAUAUUGCAUAAGGUGCAUGCCUUUGCUCGGGUGUGCCAUUGAGGCAUGCUGUCGCGUCACUUCAAUAUUAAAUUUAUUGUGGGUACUGCCUAGUAACUCCAUGGAAGUGCUGGCCGUAUGGCGAGCAUGUCGGAUUAUGUUUGGAGGCUGUCAUUGCUGGCCAACAGCAGUACUUCUCAAGGUGUUUCCUGGUGUUCGGAUCUUGUCCGUCCCACGCAAUCCCGUGCUGUCUUGGUUUCUGCAGUAAGCAAAGUGUGCCGCACUUCAGAUCCCGACAUAGUUUGCCGACAGCAAGUUGUCCUGCAGAAGUGGGUGUCCUUUGCAGAGCAAUCCUCCAGGCUCGCAUUAGUGGUGCGCGAGCUGCAUUCACUUUCAACCGCUGCUUUAUGGUGUGACACGAACACGCAGACUUUCUGUUCUACUGUUGUGUGUGUAUGUGUGUGCGCGUGCAUGUGGCUUGUGAUGAUUCGCAUUGUCCUUAUUUUAUUUUCAUUUUAUUUUUUUUUUUUUUGCCUAUCAACCUUGAAGUUUCGACUUCACAGUUCACAAUGGCAAGGUUGAAGCAGUCCUGCAACAUACCAGUGUGCGUGUUGGCUUAUCAAGGCCCCUCUCCCGUUUUUUUUUUACCCACACACACCCUCAGUUUCACACACUUGAGGUGUCUCAAUGUUAUUUUGCGCACGUGCAUAGUAAUGAAGACGAGUGCUAAGGUUGCGGACACUCGCGCAUCAUUUGUGGAGGCCUCGGUGUCUCGUAAAAUUGCCACAAAAUAGUGUUUGACCCCCUUUCUUUGAGAGAAGUGGUGGUGUAAUGUAAGCAUAUGAGUCUGCAUACACACACAAAAGAAGCUGCAUGUGUGUUGUGAAAAAUAGAAGUGCAAGGCAGGAAAGAAGGCAUGGUGUGUGUGUGUGACGUCUUUCUGGUUGCCAUGUAGCCUUGUAUUUUUCUGGGGCACUUGAGGGGGCUUUUUUUUUCCUCCCCUACAGGGUUGCAAACUGAUGGGGAAUCAUGUCGUUGAAUAAACGUCAUAGACAGUUA